AUGUUCGGCCGCCUGAGCCAGCUUGCCAGACACUUCUCUCGUCCUCUCCCCAACUACGCCCAUCGUUCCGCCGCAUUCGGCUCCGGCACGCACACGUACCCGGCCAUGGCUGCAACCAGCGCGCAGGGCAAGAGCAUGAUCCACACGGCCGCAGCUCUGAUCAUAGGAGACGAAGUCCUCGGCGGCAAGGUCGAGACCGUCGACACGAACUCGGCCUUCUUCGCCAAGUUCUGCUUCCGUCUAGGAAUCCAACUCAAGCGCAUCGAGGUCAUCGCCGACGAUGAAGACGAGAUUGUCGAGGCUACGCGGCGCAUGUCCAAUAACUACGAUUUCGUUGUGACUUCGGGCGGCAUUGGACCAACGCACGAUGACAUUACCUACCAGUCGAUCGCAAAAGCCUUUGAUCUACCGUUGGUGCUUCACGAAGAGGCCUAUGAGCGGAUGAAGCGUCUUUCGAAACCGCAUCCCUCGAAGCCGAAAUUUAACUGGGACGAGCCUUCGCCUGCGCUUGAAGCGAAGAAGCGCAUGGUUCUUCUGCCAAUCGACAAGAACAGACCUUUGGAUGAACAGGCAGUGUUUGUCGACGAGGAGCUGUGGGUGCCCAUCAGCGUGGUCAACGGUAACAUACAUAUACUUCCAGGCAUCCCUCGGCUUUUCGAGAGGAUGCUCGACGCGCUGAAGCCGCAGUUGUUGCCGCGCUUGAGAGACCCGGAGGGCAAGGGUAUUCACAGGAUAAUGAUUUCGACGCCGAUGCCAGAGAGCUCUGUCGCGGGCUAUCUGACGGAGCUAGCUGCCAAGGUGGAGGCGCGAGGCAUCAAGGUGGGAAGCUACCCGCGGUGGGGAAAGGCGCGCAACACGGUGACGCUCGUGGGACGCGAUGUCGAGUACAUGCGCAGCCUGGUUCCGGAGGUGGAGAAGGCGGUGGAUGGCAAACGGGUGGUGGUCGAGGGCGAGGACGACUCAGAGUAGAUUGGCCAUGCAUGCAUGAAUUUACGACGCGCACCAGAACCAAUAGCACUUUGGUGAGACAGGCAGCUGAGUUGAGUGGCAGGGGUUUCAGGGCAAACGUCAGAGAUGCAAGGCCGUUGGGAGGGUCGCGUGAAGAUCGUGGGCAGGGUGGGGCGGCCGAUUGGGAAG